AUGCGAGAAGCGGCUGGAAGAAUGGCCGAGCUCGAGUUCGAAGCGCCGCUCGCGCAAAUUGAAGAUGCAGACGAUUGUCUAUCUACUGCUGAUUACCCACAGAAAACCAUAAAUGGUAACGACAUUCGCCUAAACAAUAUUAAUAAUAUGAAAAGUGAAAUGGUCAAAAUGAAAACCGACUCCAACAAAAUAAAUGAUAAUGAAGAACCUAAACCCGUGAAGUGUAAACAGGACAAUAUGCAUAAUGGUGAAGGAGACAAUUUCACGGAAACUUUCUCCGGUUCUCUUGAAGAUUUGGUGAAUACUUUUGAUGAGAAGAUUACCAAGUGCUUCGGAAACUAUGAGGAAAGCGUGGAAAAGCUAGCCCCAGUUCAGGUUCGCAGCCAGGAAGAAAUUAUGAAUGAGUGCCAAAUGUGGUGGACCAUCACGGGAAACUUCGGCAAUAUUCUUCCGAUUGACUGGACCAAGUCGUUUUCUAGAAAGAUGCAUAUUCCGACUUUGAAUCUUAAUGACAAAAAGGGAUCAAUGACACCAGAUGACGAAAUUCAUAGCUCGGAGGAUGAAGCAGUCGCGUCUGAUUUGGACAUGCACGCACUCAUUCUAGGUGGACUGCAUCAAGACCACGAGUGUCCUGUUAAAACAGCUGAUGAGGUCAUUCAGGAAAUAGACGACAUGAUGCAAGAUACACCGUCAUCAGAAGGCGAUAUUAUUGAAUAUAACGAAGCUUUGGAGAAAGGAAAGGAAGUUCUUAGUGCUCCGCUCUAUGAAGACAAGUUACGCACUUUCUCCCUUGCUCAACUGAACGAGAUCUUUAUGGAACUAGAAGUCCUCAUUCGUGAAUUCUCCGAGACUCUUAUCGCAGAGUUGGCGUUGCGCGACGAGCUGGAAUAUGAGAAAGAACUGAAAAACACCUUCAUUUCGUUGCUUCUUGCUGUUCAGAAUAAGAGGCGCCAGUAUCACAUUGAGAAGAAGAAGAGGCCCCAGCCGCCUCGAUCACCCAAUCUGAGCUCGGGACCUUCGGAGUCCAAGUAUUUGACCACGGUAAUACCGUUCCACCUAGACAACGGAUCGCCAGACAACCAGUCGCUUCAAGUGCUCAUUAAGAUUUUGAAGGCGAUCAAUGAGGACAGCCCCACCGUGCCGACGCUUCUAACAGAUUACAUCUUGAAGGUGCUCUGUCCAACAUAA